AUGAAAGCCGCUGCGCUACGGUUAGGACAUGCGAGCGUCGCUAAGCGAAGUAUAUCUUUGGUAAGGCCUGUCGCAGCGACUGUUGUGCCGGCUCAAAUGGCACAGAAGCCGGAUGCCGAACCGAUUUUCGGACAAGAAGACAACAGUGACAUUCAAGAUGCUCAAUUCCGGGUUCUGGGGCAACCUCCAACCCUGUGUUCUGUACACGUACCUGCAAGCGUAUCCCUGCAUGUUCGCCGGGGAUGCUUGGUUUCACUUCAUGGCGUAGGCGAGCAGAAUGCGGUUGCUAUUUCGCAGGAGUGGAUAGGGCUGGCAUGGAACCUAGCUAAGCAUGGGUCUUGGCGUGCCGCGCUCUUUCACCAACUAGUCGCACCCCGCGCGUUCAGUGCCCUGGUAGCGCCUAAUGUCAAUGGCGGCAAAAUAGCUUCAUGGUUUGGUGUUUCUGCGCAGCAGUUCCGGACCCUUUGCCUGCUCGACCUCGAUGGAACGCAAGACUGGUGUGUGCUUGGAAAACACUCGCUGAUCGCAUACGAAGGGAACACUUCCCUACGCAUCCAGCGAAGCAGCGUUUGGCCCUCGUGGUUGCACUUUAACCGGGGAGAUUCUGCGCUGCCUUCGACUUAUCAACUCAUUCAGGGCCGUGGAAAUGCGCUUCUAAGCGGCGCGGGGUCCGUAUACACUAUCGAACUGCCUAACGAGAAUGAGGAGCUGAUUCUAAAAGGUGAGCACCUGUUGGCAAUCAGUGGCAGGACUCCUAGGGACAUCGCCGAAGCUGUCACAGAGUACUCUUUUCCCGCAGUGUCGGUGCCAGCGAUCCCUGAGACGGCGGUGUCUAAAGGUCGUACGCCCAUGCCAACAUCAUCACUAUCGGCUUUCAGUACUGCAUUGGCUUCUUACUCACGAAAUGCGGUGUCUUGGCUCAGACACGCUUACACCUCGUAUAUCAAUGGAACAACGAAAUACCUUCGGAUCCGCGGUCCUAGAUUUUUGCUAGUGCAAAGUGCCCACAACGCUUUUAUGCCUGCGACGUCGCCAUCUGCAGUUCAACCGCCCUCUUCACCGGUCUCCGUAAAGGCCCCGGCGUCCACUCCUAAUUCCAAGGACUACCUCAGUUACGUGACAGUAGGAAAAGAUGCCAGUGUCAGCUUCCAGAGCACUCCCGACUUUAACAAAAAAGUUGCUGAAAUCGAAGCCCUUAAACACAAAUAA